GACACAUUUGCAAUGCUCGCUUGCUGUUUGUUUUUGCUGGCGACGAUGGCUGGAGUCUUUGCCCAAAGCUUGCAUCCGCGCACGUCUCUCUCGGCGAGCGGCGCCAGUGCGCUCGACUUCACCGUCUUGCAGAUUGCCGACAUGCACUACACGGGCGAUUCGAGCUUCCGAUGCGGCGACCCGCCGCCGUGCACCGAGGCCAACACCACGGCCUUCAUUGAGGCGCUUCUCAAAAAGGUCAAGCCGGACCUCGUUGUCUUUACGGGCGACCAAGUCGAGAACCAUCUCCUCCAACACAACCUCUCGGAGGUCAAGACCGCCAUUGACGCGUCCAUUCGGCUCGUGAUUGCCCAUAAGGUGCCGUGGGCUUUUGUCUUUGGCAACCACGACGAAGGGGCGUCCAUGCCACGACGCGCCAUGUUCGACUAUAUGGCCCAGCAGCCGUAUGCGGUGGCCCGUCGCGGCCCGAAUGACGUCGGCGGCGUCGGCAACUACGUGCUCAACGUCACCGACACGAGCAACGCCACCGUCUUUCGCCUCUACUUUAUCGACACGCGAAACACAGACGAAGUGAUUGCGCCGGCGCAGGUGGCCUACCUCCGGGCAGCGGCACCGACAGCACCACUGGCGCCGGCCGUGUUCUUUCACCACAUUCCGCUGCCCGAGUACCAGCUCGGCUGGAUGGACAAGCUCUUCCACAAACACGUUGGGCACCGCGGCGAAACCAUUUCCAGCGGCCCCCAAGCCGGUGUCUUCAACGCGCUCGUCAAGAUGGGCGACGUCAAGGCGGCGUUCGCGGGUCACGACCACCUCAACAACUACUGCAUUUUGCGCAAGGGCAUCCAGCUCUGCUACGGCGGUGGCGUCGGCUACGGACAAGCGUAUGGCAACCCGUCGGUCGCCCGGGCCGCCCGCGUGAUCCAGUGGCGCCGAGACGACCGCGCUGAAACCAUCACAACGUGGCGCCAUCUCGACGACCGCGACGUGACCAAGACGACGCCCAUGACCUUGUACGCGUCCUCCUCUUCGACGCCAUACACCUUAGCUGCACUCCCGGUGGUGCUCGUCGCCAUUGUCCUGGCACUCUAGUGCCCAAUGUCGACGCACGUAUUUAUCACGUAAUACUAUCAAUAUUUCAACGAUCCAG